AUGCCUCACAGAGACGUAGAAUCUUCGGUCGCAAAGAGAAGUAUUCAUGAGGAUAUAAUACGCGAGGUGGAAGAAACCGAUUGGAGCGUUGAUCCCAUAGAGAGCGCCCUCGAUGCAGAGAGUGACGAUGUCGAUUUCGAUCCUGAUGAACUUGAAUGUGUUGAUGAAGACGCGGAAGAAGAGAGGCGAGAUCGAAAAGAUAUGCGUGAUCGAGAACGUGGUGAAAAAUACAGAUAUGAUAGAAGAAGUCGGCACUCUGUUCGUGAUAGGCAUCGAUAUCACCCUUAUUCACGCAGAGAUCGUGGAACUCGGUACGAAUCCAGGACUUUUGGAGACGUACGUAGAAGAUACAAUCGCCUGGAUGACGGUUCCCACAUAUAUUCAAAGCGUCGGUCCUCAUAUGAAGCUGAGAGUGCAGUUCGUGAUCGUGUAAAGAGUCCGUCACGUGUUAGGAGUAGUCGAAAUAGGCGAGAUCGGGAUGACAAGGAUAUUCCACUGGAAGAAUUAGAAUUGGAGGAGGUCGACUGUUGUGACGAUAUAGGUGAUGAUGACUCCAAAUUAAUCGACGGGUCCUCAGACACAGGCAAAUGUUCCUCUGGAGAUGACGAUGAUCACAACGAUGACAAUCUGUGCUCGAGAGUUUAUGAUAUGUCUAACGUUGACGAUGACUUUCCGGACCUAUGUGAGGACAUAGACGUUGACGCAAUGCGGCGGGCUGCAGCUGCCACAAAUGUUGUCGUCUUCAAUACUGGUGAAUGCGUCCGGCCUGAUACUAGUUUACCUACAAGAAGUGUUAUGGCAACCUCCGAGACGACAAUUCGUAACGAUCGUGACGCUCAAGAAAUGGGGACUACUACUUCGCGAACUAAUCGUAGCAUCAACAAUAGUGGCCGAAAAGACGAAGCACGGCGUCGCCAUCACCACCAUGAAACCCGAAACGAACUCAGGAGAUCGACUCAUAGUGAAAGAAGACAUGAAUCAAGAGAAAGAGAUCGCUUGCCUGAAAAACUGAUGUGGUUACGAGAUGUUCGGCCGUCGACUUCUGGGCAGACCGGUUUACCAGAAAAAGCGCGAUACGAUGCUGAAAUCAUUUCCGCGAAGGGACCGUUUUCCUAUGGAUGGUGUUCUGUCGACAACGAAGAAGAGGUCUCAACAGAGCCAGGAAGCAGUGCCAAGGCGUAUCCUGAAAACGAUUACGAAGUCACAGAAGACUAUUCGGUAAAGCGUAGGUUUACGACUGAUGCCGAAGGCAGCAGAUAUGAUCGAACUAGGAGAAUUAAAAUAUCUACAAAUCGCAAGGAGUUACCGCUUACAAAGAAUGGGGAGGUUGCUUCACCCACCGAAUCACCCAAAAAGGACUGCCAGAUGAGCGGCACUUGUGAAGAUCACGGUCUAGCAAUAGAAGAGACAUCCGCUUCACCUAGAUCAGCAACUCGUCUUUGUCUAGAAAAGAAAAAUGGAACUGUUCAUCACACAGGUGAACAGCUCUGUCUCUGCAAACAAUGUUUGAUUCGUUCAGCCGUCGGCGUCGUCGAGAAGAUUCCGUCGCUGCUGGACAUGUGUGUAAAGGGGCCAAUGCAACUACAGGCGUCGCAACUAACUUCGCUUACUGAUGGAAAUACUAAUCGUAUAAAUUUGAACAUUCAUCCUCCAGACCAAAAAGCCAUGCGAGAGUAUGCGAUUUCGCUUAAUAAUCGUGAGCUUGCGAAACGACCGGUAGUGGACCGAUCAGGUAAAAAGCUGAUGUUGUGGACCAAGUAUAAACGUGAUGGACAACUGCGUGGAUCCAUUCAUGGAGUCGGAAUGGCUGAGAUAAACGAACGUGCUUCCACAUCUUCUCCUCCUGAGCCGGCUACGCCAACUCCAGGGCCUGGCAUAAAACAACUUGCCGAUGCAAUGUAUGAUCGUGUUGGCACUUUCUUAAACUCUCAAAUUCAAGGUAGCAUCGAUGAAUACAAACUUCUAGAAGAUAUGAACAUGGCAACUGCUCAGCGAUACGUUGACAUGCGAUCAGUCUCUGAAAAAAUUGCAGACAAACUGAAUCGUCUCAAUGAGAAGUACGAAUCGCUGCGUCCAUACCUUGAACAGAUCGACGAGAUUGAUGAGAGUACGAGAAGACUAGAAGAAGCUGCAAAUAUCCUCGAUCAGUACGUGUAUGGACUAGAAUCCAAGCUGCACUGUAUUCAAGAACAAGGUUCUUCUGUGUGA